AUGCGAGCAGAGGACGGGGCGAAGAGGCGCCCGGCCCCAGCAACGUCCCUCCCGUGGGGCUGUCCGCGGGCCAGGGAGCUCCUGCUCGGCCUGUAUUGUCUCCGAAGCCCGGGGGGAAAGGAGGAAAAGCGUAGUGACGGUCUAUUGCGGCUGCUGUGCAGCAAAGAAACCAGGAAAGGUGGACACGCCUUCCACAGGCACCAGCACCCGCCUCCACUAGAAAACCCCUACCUCCCCAGCAGGGAAACCGUAACCACGGUCCACUCGGGCUUUGCCCCAAGCCCCUCCCCUCCCCUCCCCCGGGCGCUGCCGAGGGAGACGCACAGGAAGGGGCGGGGCUAUGAGCACCGCGUCGCCCGCGAAUCUCGCGAGAGUCAUAGAGAGCGGAAGUGGAGUCAGUGCAGGAUGAGGUUCCUGGUUGCUUUGGUGCUUGUGACCGUCGCAGCGGCGGGAGUCGCGCCGGGCACUCCCUCGUCAGCCGACGAAAAGCUGUCUCCCAUUCCGGAGAAAAGAGAGACUCCGGAGAAAAAUCAGUCUCGUACAGAAGGAGACUCCAGCCAGCCCGCCUCGAGCCAGCGGCUUCAAGGAGAAGAUUCCCUCAGACUCGCUGAGGGACAGCAGUCCACGAACGACAGCUCUAACAAGCCAGAUCAGAAGGGGCAGCCCCCGAACAAUGGCUCUGGCACGCUGCGUCAGGAGAAGCAGCCCCCGAACAAUGGCUCUGGCACGCUGGCUCAGGAGAAGCAGCCCCCGAACAAUGGCUCUGGCACGCUGGGUCAGGAGGGGCAGUCUGUGGAAGACCACCCGGUCUCCAACCCCUCUGAUAACAAAGAGUCCACCAAGCCUGAUUUAAACACGCCAGGCGACAACGGAGAGACUUCACAUGCUUCCAAAACUGAAUCUGGGGAGACAGUAUUAGUGGACUCCCACUCCGCUUAUCCCCAGCAGGAGGGAGAAGGUAAGCCUUCAGAGCUUGCUGAAGAAGUGGAGCCCAAGGAGGCUGACGAAGGUGAUACGGAGCCUGAAGAAGGUUCACCACCCAAAGAAGAGAAAGAAAUGCCCAGCCUUGCCGCCAGUGAGAACCGUGAAGGGGUCCUUUCGGAUUCCAUGCGUGGGGAGAAGGAUGAUGUUUAUAAGGACAGUCUUGGAAGUGCCAGUGCAGAGAGCAGCCACUUCUUUGCAUAUCUGGUGACUGCAGCCAUUCUUGUUGCUGUCCUCUAUAUUGCCUAUCACAACAAGCGGAAGAUUAUUGCUUUUGUCCUGGAAGGAAAAAGAUCCAAAGUUGCUCGCCGGCCAAAGGCCAGUGACUACCAGCGUUUGGACCAGAAGAUUUGAUUUUUCUGUUCUUGAGAACCUUGUCCUCCCUGCUGAUUUGUUUCUAAAUCAAGAGAAAUGAAGAGAAAAGUACUGUGACCUAAGAGACACCCCUCCUCUAGGGUUUGGUGGCGAGUCUGGACUGGUAGAGGUGGGGGAAUUGCUUUGGGUUUUUUGCACCUGCACUUUGGUGACCUUGUACUCCUGUGUUCCUUUUAUUUAUGCUGGUGUCUUCCAUCCUUUCCCCCUCUGAGUGUGGGUAGAGGGAGCAUGUGGGAACCCAGCAAUGACCAAAGGGAGAUCCCAGCCCUGGGCAGGCUACUGCUGCUGACUUCCCUCCCUUGGGCCUUGGCUCUGUAGUAAAGUUACCCCUUGAAAAUAGCCUUGUGCUUGCCACGAUUUAUGUUCACAGACCUAGGAGAAAACUCUGCAGGUUGAGGUGCUUUUCUACCAAGGCCUCUAACUUCGAUGGGAUGUGCCCUAUAAAAGAUGGAGAAGAUGCUGACUGCUGAGGGGCAAAGGGCUACUUUGAACCCAUAAUUCUCUUCAAAGGCCACAGCAGCAAACCAAAACAGCAGCUUAAAAAAAGUGUUUUAUUGCCUGCAAGUCUAACCUGUCUAGCAUAAGUUCUUCACAUUUUUCUGAUAUUUUCAUAUUGCUUAAGACAAAGUGAAUCAACUUCCAUUUGAUUGAACCGAGCAUAAAACUGAACUUGAGGAUUUGGGGAGUAAAGCUGUAAAGCCACUGAUUCUGUUGCAGAUUUUUUAAAAAUAUAGUUAUUAUUAUUGAAA